AUGAUUGAAUAUGUGCGUAAAGGAAGUAAACUUCCGGAGAAUAUGAAAGAAGCACAGCAACGGGUCGAGCAAAUCGAAGAGCAAUAUAAAUACGCGGUUGAGGCGAAGUUGGGUCAUGAUGAACACGGUGAUACGGAUAGUGAUGAGGAGGAUUUGGAGGAGGACGAGGAGAACGACGACGAUGAGGAGGAGGAGGAAGAGGAGGAGAAGGAGAAACGCCGAUUGAUCGAGUCGAAUCGAUUGCUGGAAACGAUCGGAGAAGAAGAUGUCAGUAGUAGGUGA